UGCGCUCCAGUCACGAGCAAAGGAAAGGGAAAUCAUUGUAAAUCCCAUUCAGUGCCUUGUGCAUCCUUUUGACAAAACGGGGGGGAAAAGACUUUUUUUUCGUUUUUUUCCUUUUCCUCAGCAUUUCGGCGCUGUCCUCUCUGUGCAGAGUAGCAGCAGACAGGCAUCGAUUGGCCGAGGUUCACCUGAGUUUUUACCCCAUCCACGGACAUUCAUUCAAACCACCUCCCUACUGUCUCCACCAGUGUUCAAACUAAAGACUUUUUUUCUUUAUAUAAGAAAAAGCGCUCAAGCUUCUGCGCUUCUGGACCGGAGAUCUGGAGAUGAAGACAGAUUUUACGCUUUUCUGUCGGACUUUGAUUGGAAUAGCAUAUGCCUCAGGUCUGGUGAUCGGCUUUUCUAUGACUCCGCCCAUCCUCGACAGCUCCAAAGACGACCUAGUAAUUCCAGUCCACGAAACACUUACCAUCACAUGCAGGGGACAGCACACUCUGGCCUGGGCCUGGCCUGAUCAGACUCUGGUGGGUCAGGAGCUAAGUGACCGUCAGGCCCAGCUGCCGACCACCGGGGCCCCCGGGCGGAGGAUCGCCUUGGUCAGCGAGUGUCCGGGGCAGCCCGGGAGGCCGUACUGCAAGAGCCUGGUCCUGACCGGGGCGCAGGCCAGAGACACGGGCUACUAUCGCUGCUAUUACAAGGAUGUCAAGGCCAUGAUUGUCGGAACCACUGCUGUCAGCAUUUAUGUCUUUGUCAGGGACCCUGAGCAGCCCUUCCUCAGGAGAGGCAGCUACAGUGCCGAAAAUGACCUAGAGACCAUUUUAAUGACUCGCUUCUCCACCCACGUCACAGUGCCAUGCCUGGUCACCGUGCCUGAUCUGAAUGUCACCCUCUACACGUAUCCCACGCCUCUGGAGACAACCGGGAUGACUUGGGACAACAAGCAGGGCUGGUCCAUUCCCAGGCAGAUCGUGGACAGUGUGCCGAUGCUCAUUGGAAUUUUGUGUGUCGCCACUCUGGGAGGCAAACAAUAUCAAUCUCCCAACUACCUGAUCCACGCAACAGGAAGUCAGGUUUACGAUGUCAAGCUGUUUCCUGAGGAGCCAGUGGAGCUGAUAGUGGGGGAGACCCUCACCCUGAACUGCACAGCGUUGGUGGAGUUCGACGCCGGAGUGGACAUUCAGUGGUCCUACCCUCGCAAACAACCAAACUCUUUGGAGAACACUAAGCCCCAUCGUGAAGCUCUGUCUCACGCCACAGAGGCUGUGAGCAUCCUGACCAUCAGCAGCGUCAAUGUCACAGACACGGGCCCGUACAGCUGCAACGUCACCAGCAUGGACACAAGACACACCCAAAAAACUCAUGUCAUAGUUUAUGAAAAGCCAUUUAUCAGCCUCAACUACAGAAAUGGAUCAGUGGUGGAGGUAACUGCCGGCCAGAAGUCAUUCAAAUUACAAGUAAACGUGUCUGCCUUCCCCACACCCGAAACACAAUGGUAUAAAGAAGGAAAGCUGGUCAACCAGCGCCCAGAGUUCAAGAUGAAAAGGAUGAGGAUGCAUCUUAACCACGCGUUGGAGAUCAAGGAUGUUUGUCAGGAGGAUUCUGGGCUCUACACUGUGGUGCUGAGGAACGGAGCCGCUGCGCUGGAGAGGAGGCUCAACAUCACGCUUGUUGUCAACGUUCCCCCACAGAUCCAUGAGAAAGAAGUGGCAGUCCCAUCCAGUCCUUACCCCAGUGGUAGCAGCCAGACUCUAACAUGCACUGCAUAUGGUCUCCCAGCUACCAAUGUCAGCUGGCAGUGGAGGGCCUGGGGCCCGUGUGUCCUCAACAGCACCCAGAGCAGACUAGUCCGACGAGACAGGAAAGGCCGGAGUGACAGGAUCGCAGACUGUCAGAACUGGCAGGACAUUAACUCGGAAAACGCAGUGAAUGAAAUUGAGGCUAUUGAAACGUCGGUCGAAGUGGUGGACGGCCGACAAAAGACAGUAAGCAGGCUUCAGAUUGGCAACGCCAGUGUUUCUGUCAUGUACAAGUGCUCUGCUGAAAACAAAGUUGGCAAAGAUGAGUGGCUGAUCUACUUCUAUGUAACCACCAUCCCUGAGGGGUUCAGCGUGGACGUCCAGCCCUCGGAGAAUCCCCUGGAGCAGGAGAAAGUGUCCCUGUGCUGCACCGCUGACAAUUACACCUACGAGCAGCUACAGUGGUACCGCCUCGACCCCCAGGCCCUGCAGGACGAAGAGGGCAAGCCCCAGGAGUUGGACUGCAGGAGCGUGCACCUCUACGCGGACACCCUUGACGGCCAGCUCUCCUUCCAGGAACACUCCAAAAGCUGGGUCCUAGAGUUCACCAUGACCUCCAUACAGCUGCAGGAUGAGGGUCAUUAUGUAUGUGAGGCUCAGAGCAGGCGGAGCGGGGCGAAACAGUGCCUGUUCAGAUACGUCUCAGUCAAAGCCCCAGAGGCGCCUCGAUACAAGCUCAGCCUCACCAACCAGACAGUGAAUGUGACUGAGUCUCUGCGCAUGGACUGCGACGUAGAGGGCAGACCUCUACCCCUCCUCUCCUGGUUCAAAGACAAACAGCCUCUCCACCAAAUGUCAGGGAUCCAGCUGCAGGACUCAAACCGCACGCUGAGUAUCCAGAGGGUGACAGAGGAGGACGCCGGCCUUUACACCUGCACUGCCUGCAACCAGCGUGGCUGUGUCCACUCAUCAGCCGCCGUCCGGGUCAUCGGUUCAAGUGACAAGGCCAAUGUGGAGAUUGUUAUUCUCAUCGGGACUGGAGUCAUCGCUGUUUUCUUCUGGGCCUUGCUCAUCCUCAUCUUCUGCAAUGUGAAGCGGGUUAACCCGGCAGACAUAAAGACGGGCUAUCUGUCAAUCAUUAUGGACCCGGGCGAGGUGCCUCUGGAUGAGCAGUGUGAAUACCUGCCCUACGACUCCUCCCAGUGGGAGAUCUCCAGAGACAGGCUCCGACUGGGAAAGGUUUUAGGCCACGGGGCCUUCGGAAAAGUAAUAGAGGCGUCGAUCUACGGCGUCAGCAAGAGCAGCAGUUUGGACACAGUGGCUGUCAAGAUGCUGAAGGAUGGAUCCACAGCCAGUGAGCACAAGGCCCUGAUGUCAGAGUUAAAGAUACUGAUUCACAUUGGUAACCAUCUAAAUGUAGUGAACCUGUUAGGAGCCUGCACCAAAGCAAAUGGUCCACUGAUGGUGAUCGUGGAAUACUGCAAGUAUGGGAAUCUCUCCAACUUCCUACGAGCCAAGAGAGAGUUCUUCCUCCCAUACAGGGAUCGCUCUCCUAAAACUCAGAGCCAGGUGAGACGGAUGAUUGAGGCGGGUCAAAUGGACCAAAGAGCUCGCCACCCCCCUUCUCCCAGGUCCUCCCCACUCAACAGUCCUCAGAGUGCACCGUCCAACAUGCCCCCUGAGAAUCCUGCUGGGGAGAAAAUGGAGGACUUGUGGAAAACUCCUUUGACGAUAGAAGAUCUAAUUUGCUACAGUUUCCAGGUGGCUCGUGGGAUGGAGUUCCUGGCCUCCAGAAAGUGUAUCCACAGAGACCUGGCAGCCCGGAACAUUCUUCUGUCAGAGAACAACAUCGUGAAGAUCUGUGAUUUCGGCCUGGCCAGAGACAUAUACAAAGACCCCGACUACGUCAGGAAAGGCAAUGCUCGUCUGCCAUUAAAGUGGAUGGCUCCAGAGAGUAUCUUUGACAAAGUGUACACCAGCCAGAGUGACGUGUGGUCUUUCGGAGUUCUCCUCUGGGAAAUCUUCUCCCUGGGUGCAUCUCCGUACCCGGGCGUCCAGAUUGACGAAGACUUUUGCAAACGAUUAAAAGACGGUGUGAGAAUGAGGGCACCCGAGACCGCCUCCCCUGAAAUAUACGGCAUCAUGCUGGCCUGCUGGCACGGGGAACCCAAAGAAAGACCAACCUUCCCCGCCCUGGUGCAGAUCCUCGGAGACCUGCUGCAGGACAACAGCAUUCCUGACGGGAAGGACUACAUCCCUCUGAACCACUCACAGAGCUCUGAGGAUGAUGGGUUCUCGCAGGCCUCGUCACGCCCUCCAUCUGAGGAGGAACUGAGACUAGCCUGCAACACUCUACCCGCCAGGUAUUAUAACUGCGUGCCCUUUGCCGGCUGUGUGUUUGUGGGACCUUCCAAAAUAUGCCAGCCCAGAGUGAAGACAUUUGAAGAGUUACCCCUGGAGAUGCACAGACAGAAAGCUACUCAAGACAACCAGACAGACAGCGGGAUGGUUCUGGCCUCCGAAGAAUUUGAGAGAAUUGAACACAAGCACAGAGGCGCCGUCUCAAAAAGUCGUAUGGGCAGCAGCAGCAGCACAGAGCCUCUGACAGCCUCCCAUGGUUCCCUGGGUCGAAGCAGCGGCGCCGGCAGCUCCAUGCACCGUCCCAACUUCUUCAGCCAGCUUUCAGGACAGACCUUCUACAACAACGAGUACGGACACCUGUCCGAGGAGGGCUUCUGCGACUUCUUCUCCUCACCUGACGCCCUCUGCCCGGCCUCCUCCAACGUGUAAUCAAAUCAAAGAUGCAGCUCGAGAGAAUUGAGAAGGUUAAAAACAAAUAAAACUGAAAAAAGUGGCAGUGCAUGAGACAGCUCAGGGCGAGGGCGGCGUGUAGGCUUAAGUUACAUCCCAGUAAAGAUAUGUAACUAGUCUUGUAUUAAUAAAGAUCAGGUUAUAGAUCCUAGAGCUCACCUCUACUCAUCUCUUUCUCUCUUCCUCUCGGGCUGCUGCCUCAACAACAGACUGAACUAUAUGUGCCUGAAAUCCCUCUAACCAGCCACUGGGUGGCAGCAUUAUGACAAAAACAAACCAAGUAUUUUCUAUUCACAUUUUUAUCUUUUAUAUACAGUACUUGUCCUUCAUUUGUACAAAUUAUGACUCCUAUGGGAAAAAAAAUAAAGAAAUGUAUCUUCUACUC